AUGACAGUACGUGCACUAAACUUAAUUACAAAAGAAAUAAACUAUCCAAUAACUAUACUUAAAAAUAAGAAACUAGCAAUAGAUGGAGCUUGGUUUGUAAGAAAGUUCUUUAAAGAGAUGAACAAAGCUAAUUUUGAUGACAUUCCAAUGUAUGUAAAUAAUGAGCUUGAGAAUAUAAUAAAAAUAUCAAAGGAAUUCCAAAUAGAUAUUCUAUGGAUUUGGGAUGGAAUGAAGUAUAAUGAUUUUACAUUAUUUGAAGAUAAGCUUCAUUCAUCAGAACAUGCAAGUAGACUAAUAACCAAUAAUAAGCUUAAACCAUAUCACAUGUCAUCAAUAGAAUUCUUAAUUAAACCAGUUAAUAAGGUGUUAAAUGAUGCUAAAAUCACAGUAGUGAGAGCUCCUUAUUCUGCUAUGGCACAAUGUGUUUAUUAUCUUGAAAACAACAUAGUAGAUUAUAUUUUUAGUAAGACUGAUGUAUUCUUAUUUAAUAGGUGUGAAAAGGGAAUAUUUGAUUUUAAUUUUGAGACUAAGAAGAUCAAUUAUGUUUUAAGAAGUACUAUAGAAAAUUAUUUGAAGGUUAAAAACCACUUCUUCUUAAGACAAAUUUUAAUUGCAUCAGGUUGUGAAUUCUGUAAGACAGUUCCAUCAUUAGCAGAGAAUUUUAGUGUUGAAAAAUUGAUUGAAUUGUUUGCAGAAAAGAGUUAUAAAAAUUCUAGUUUUGAAGAAGAAUUGAAGGCAAAUCCUGAUUAUAAAGAAUUACACACUGCAGCAAUAAUUAACAUUAUGUUUCAUCCUGUAAUGACUCAGGAUGGUACUGUAGUUUCUAUGGAGCACAAAGAAAUGCCUGAAGACAUGCCUUUGAUAUUUGGUGAGAAGCUUCCUAACAGUCUUUAUUGGUUGUUAUUUACUAAUCAAAUCUCACCUGUUUUAAUUGAAAAUAUGGCAUACAAGCCAGCUGAUAAUAUUUUAACUAUCAUGGCUGAUAAGUUAAGAUCAAUUGUUUUAAAUGAGGUUAACAUUGAUGAGUUAAAGAGUGAUACUGAUAACUUUGUUAUCAAUUUAGAUCGGAUUAUUAGUUCUAAAACUAUUCCGGAAAUUAAUAAUCAAUUUAAAGAUGAAAUUAUUAAGAAUUAUACUGUGUUAUCACAGAUUAAAGAUGGAAGUACAAUUGCUAUUAAGACACUCAAUAACAUGAUUUUUAAUAGUGGUAUUGACAAAGAAAUAUUCUAUUAUUAUUUUAUGUUAUUUGACUAUUACAGUGCAUUUGAUGAUUUAAUUUUCAUUCUAAAAAUAACUGCUAAAAUUAGUGAUGUUCCUUCUAAUAAGAUUUUUAUAGAAAAUGGAAAUUUAAAGGAGAAUGAAAUUGCUGAUAAGUUUUUACAAAUUAUUAGUGAGAAUAAAUAA